AUGGGGAAAACGAAAAUAUGGGGAAAACGCAAAUAUGGGGAAAACGCAAAUAUGGGGAAAACGCAAAUAUGGGGAAAACGCAAAUAUGGGGAAAACGCAAAUAUGGGGAAAACGCAAAUAUGGGGAAAACGCAAAUAUGGGGAAAAUGCAAAUAUGGGGAAAACGCAAAUAUGGGAAAAACGCAAAUAUGGGAAAAACGCAAAUAUGGGGAAAACGCAAAUAUGGGGAAAACGCAAAUAUGGGGAAAAUGCAAAUAUGGGAAAAACGCAAAUAUGGGGAAAACGCAAAUAUGGGGAAAACGCAAAUAUGGGGAAAACGCAAAUAUGGGGAAAACGCAAAGAUGGGGAAAACGCAAAGAUGGGGAAAACGCAAAGAUGGGGAAAACGCAAAUAUGGGGAAAGCGCAAAUAUGGGGAAAGCGCAAAUAUGGUUAAAACGCAAAUAUGGGGAAAACGCAAAUAUGGGGAAAACGCAAAUAUGGGGAAACGGAAAUACUGGAAAUACGCAAAUAUGGGACAAACGCAAAUACGGGAAAAACGCAAAUAUGGGAAAAACGCAAAUAUGGGAAAAACGCAAAUAUGGGAAAAACGCAAAUAUGGGAAAAACGCAAAUAUGGGAAAAACGCAAAUAUGGGAAAAACGCAAAUAUGGGAAAGGCGCAAAUAUGGCAAAGACGCAAAUAUUUGAAAGACGCAAAUAUGGGAAAGAUGCAAACACGGGAAAAACGCAAAUAUAUGGAAAACGCUAAUAUGGGGAAAACGCAAAUAUGGGGAAAAUGA